GCUGGAUGUCUGAUAUCCAGAUAUCAUGACCCACUGUGCCCUAAAUGGAAUACACUAUCACUCGAGGGGUCUGUGGGCAGGAAGGGUGCCGUGAGAGACGGUAUUAUCUCGACAACGGGCUCUGGUUCUGCCGGCGGGGUCACCAGCAAGAGGGUCGACAAGUCGAAGAAGAUCCGGAGGAUUAUGGAACGCAGGGCAGGGCGCACCGUGUGAAGAAAGAUGUGGUUGAGAAAGGACAGAAGACAUAUCGGGGCCAACGGGCAUAUAGUCUCUUCUUGCAAAUAUACCAGUUGAUCCUGUGGAAGCAAUGUCAUGCCCUGGUCCAUGUCCGGGGCUUUCCUGCCCAGUUCGAGAAUAUCAUUCGCGAUCUAUGGGCUCUUCGUCUGGAAGGAUUUUCUAGCAAGAUCAACGCUAAUAUGUCCGAGACAGAGACCGAAGAACCGGAGGUUUUCAGCUCUCAAGCCGCCGAUACUGAGGAUGAAUCUGAUAAGGCUUUCAAGCCCAGUGGCAAGCGCGUUCAAUGGCCUCGACUGGUUGACUCGAUUGCUCUCUGUUACAUGGGUGCGCUGUUGAUGAGGCUGCCUAUUGGCAUAGCCGACUUCCAUAGGAUGGUGAUGCAGGGAGACGUCCCAUAUCUUAGGAUAAUCAAGACCAUUCCACGGGAAAUGCGAGAUAAACUUCCGCAGGAGUACUUGUCACUCCUCGAGACCACGAGAUUACCAAAAGCAGAGCAUUUCCACAGGGCUGCGUUGGAAUUGAUUCUCUUCUAUCACCGUCGAUCCGGCGUGUAUUUCCCACCUCUGAACGCUCCACUUCUACUCUUUCGAUUUAUCAAAAGACUUACUCUUCCAAUCGAUAUAUACCCCGCUGUAAAGCAACUACAGAAACUUGUUGGGUUCACUUUCAGUUAUCCAACAACUAUCGCCGGCAAAAGACGGUCUCUUCACCUCCCUGAAGUGCAAACGAUGACCCUCAUUGUCAUCAGUACCAAGCUUCUUUUCCCAUUCGAUGAUGUGAAACGAUACCCUGAAUCAGCUAGAGAACCGAGCACUCAGGCGAUUGAUUGGCAGCUUUGGGCGCAGGUUCAAAGACACUUUGAUAACCGGGAGGCAUCUAGCGGCAGAAUUGGGAAGGGGAAUGAGGUCCUGGUUAACGAGAAAGAUGUGUUCAAUAUGACACCGAAUCAGUUGGAUGAGUACCUAGAUUGGUACGAGAAUAGUUGGCUGGAUAGCAGCAAAGGAACCAAUUCGCUAGCAGAUUUGUUUCCGCUCGGCCCGGCGGGCGUGGAAAGCCAGCCCACUGAACCGCCGUCGGAAGCAGACGAUGAAGCGUCGUUGAGCUCAAUGCUAGAAACAGUGACGCGCCAGGUCAAGAGCAUGAAGGUUGUCGCAAACCCGGAGAGCGAAGUCCCGCGCCCGGGUUCACUCUAUCCUCGUUAUCGACUCGACACUGACCUCCCCGAAAUGGUGAGGCCUUUUUAUGAAACGGCAGCAAAGGUGGUCGGGAUCUCCCUGUCAACCCUUGUCAAAACGGUAUUCCAGACAGAGGUUAGGAUGGGCCACUGGCAGGAAGACCGGAGACGUAUGGAAUACUAUGGGGAGAUUAUGGACAUGGAAUUUCCAGGGGAUGCAGAUGUAGACGACAUAGAAGAAGCAGGAGAUAUUAACGAAUAGACAUGUUUAGAGCACCAC